AUGAAUCUUACUCCACCUACACAGCAACAGCAAUUUUUCUCCUCUUCCGUUGAAGACACCAACAAUCUCUUUACGGAUAUCUUCAAGGAUGCUUCAAUUGACCAGAUAUUGAAUUCUGUCUAUCAUUCACCCAUUUCCUCUCCAGGUUCGUCUGCUUCGGAAACGUUGGAUAGCCCUCCUCCCUCUGCUUUACUUCAGGAUCAAUUCUUAGGGGAUCUUUUGUUGAGUGCUUCUCCUACACUUACGAACACCAUGCCUGGUAUGGAUGUUAUCUGUCAAUUCGAUGCUUUGGAUCAAUUCAUCAACACAAAGACAGAACAGCCACAAAUGCAUCCACAAAGUUCGAAGCCCCGUACCACCACAGUCACUACCACCACCACCACCAACACCACCACCACGAGUAAUAAUAAUAAGAAGAACUAUCAGGGUCAAUGCACUAUGGCUAUCAAGAUUAACACGCACAAGUCUGCGCGUCCUGCACGUAAAUUAGAAUGCUUUAACUGCAAGGUGACCAAGACACCCCUUUGGCGUAGAACACCUGAUCGUAAGCAUUCACUUUGUAACGCAUGUGGUCUUUACUAUAAGCAAUACAAUUGCCAUCGUCCUCUUCAUAUCAGAAACAAAACUCAUACGAUCAGGAACGCCUCUCAUCCUUAUGCUUGCGAACGUGUUCUCCCUAUUACUAUUCAUCAGCAGCCAGCAAGUGGUAACAGUAACAGUAGCAGUAGCAGCAGCAGCAGUAGUAGUAAUCAGGAAUGUGCAAACUGUCACCAAACACAAACCCCUCUUUGGCGUAAAAAUGAGCGUGGAGAACCUGUCUGUAAUGCGUGCGGUCUGUAUGCCAAACUUCAUCAUCGUGAUCGACCAGCUGAAAUGCGCAAAACGACCAUUCAAAGACGCCGUCGUGAUUGGAAUACGGAAGAAGAUACUCGAUUUGUCUCUUUGUUACUUCAAAUGAAUCGUGAUCAAAUGCAAGGUUUUCUCGGCAUGCUUGAACGCCGAUGUGAUUUCCUUAAAACCAUUCUUAAUGCCCCUGUCCCUACAAGCACUCAUACUACUCGUUCUCAUGAAUAA